AUGUUGCGGCCUGACCCACAGCAGAAUGCACUGGUCAGCAAGCCCAAUGUUACGAGCGAGCGCACGGCGGGUGCGAGCCACCGUCGUCGGAAGCAGGAAGCUAACUUCCUGUGCCCCGUCCCUGGUUGCGGUAGCACGUUCACGCGCAGCUUCAAUCUCAAGGGACACAUGCGGUCGCACAACGAGGAGCGCCCGUUCCAGUGCAAGUGGCCCGGCUGCGGCAAGGGCUUCGCGCGGCAGCACGACUGCAAGCGGCACGAGCAGCUGCACUCGAACUACCGCCCGUUCACCUGCGACGGGUGCAACAAGAACUUUGCACGCAUGGACGCGCUGAACCGCCACUGUGAGUUCUCCGCCGUUGAUCAUCAUUCUUCUUCGACGUGGGUUGCUGAUGACUUCCCGCGAUCUUUUGCAGUACGUUCUGAGGGCGGUGCCGAGUGCCAGCGUAUGAUCGAUGCCAACAAGGAUGUGAGCGGCGUUGGGUCCGUGCUGAAGACCGAGGAGGGCUGGGGGAUCGGCGUCAUGGUAUAG